AGCCCGCAGGACCUAUCCCUGCCAACACCUAUCUCCGCGCGACACGAUGGCGGGCCAAUGAACGGCGCCAAAGGAGCCUUUAACAUCUGAACACCUUUCACCUGCGGCAUCCACCCACCACAGACAAGGUCCCUCGACCGACUUCGUUUCCAGACCCAGACGAGGCCAUCUUUUUCUUCUCUUCCCCAACCCUUCUGUCCACCAGCACCAGUUAAUCCUCCACUUUCUACUAUAUCGAUUCCCUCCGUCCACCCAUUGGUGCGGACAGGCAGAUACACGGUUCAACUACCUACCUUACCUUGUAAUCAUCUUGGUUACCCCACGGCGUGGCAGCGGAUUUAUCAAGUCCUUCCUCCUAUCUCGACAUCGCCAGCUAAGAUCACCCUACCUUAUCCCCGACACCAACAGACAUUUGAAAGGGUCUCCAAUCUAGCAGCAUACCCAAUUGCCCCCACAGAAGGUCCGUUAGAAAGCGACGAUCAUUGCUUAAACGCCAGCGGUCCCUCCCAGCGACCUCGAAGCUUGCCACUUACGCGUCCGACCCAACGUUGCGCGCUUUCAUUCCACGCACCACGACUUUCACAUCCCCUCUUUAAUCAUGGGUAUCUCAUUCUCUACCCUGGCCGGAUGGGUUGCCAUCAUCUGCGUUGCCGGCUUCUAUACCUACAACUACAAAGAGCAGCAGAAGAAGCGUGAGCUUGCUCGCAAGCCCUCGCAGCGACACAAGUUGGAGGAGAAGCAGCAGGAGACACGCAAGGAACCCAAAGAGAAGAUUAAGAAGCAACGAACAGAGCCACCAAGCAAAAUCGCCGAGGAGCCGGAGAAGGCACAGAAGCCCAAGCAAAAGGCCGCCAAGGCCAAGGCUGCCCCCGCUCCCAAAGCUGCUCCCAAGGCUGCUUCCAAGGCCACCCCUGUGCCUACCACCACUAAGCCCGCAAGUUACAGCUCGGAUGAAGAUGAUGGUAUCGACAACCGCGAGUUCGCCCGCCAGUUCGCCAGCAUCAAGCAGGGCACCGUCCUCAACACGAAGAAGCAGGAUGAGAAGCGUCAAAAGUCGGUGAAGCAGUCCCGUGCUCUCGAGCGUGAGGUCGAGGCCGAGCCUCAACAGGCUACCCCCAAGGGUGUGUCUGCCCCCUCUUCUACUACCGGCGUCGAUGCCGAUGACGACGAGUCCUCAGUCGCCUCCCCGGAGGUCAAGGCCCAGGACGCCGGAGACGUCAGCGACAUGCUCGAACCCGCGACCUCGGGCCCUUCGGUCCUCCGCCUCACCGAUACCGACAAGGUAAAGCAGAAGAAGGCAAAGAAGGAGAAGCCUAUGGAGAAGGUUGAAACCAAGAAGCAACGCCAGAACCGCAAGAAGGCCGAGGCCGAGAAGGCUGCUCGUGAGGAGGCUGAGAAGGCCAGACAGGUUCUGCUCGAGAAGCAGAGGAGGGAGGCCCGCAUCGCCGAAGGCCGUGCUGCCAAGGAUGGCUCUGCCUUCAUGGCUGCCCAGGCUGCCAAGUCAUCUGCUUGGACUGGCAAUGGCGCGAAUGGCAGCUCCCACAGCGAUAGCGGUGCCGAGAACAACGGGUUCGUCUCUGUUGAGCCCUUGGAUACCUUCAGCAGCAGCACUCCCGCUGCCGCCCAGCCAGCCAAGGCCCCUGCUGCCGAGACCAAGAAGCCUCAGACUUGGAUGUCAUCUCUGCCCACUGAAGAGGAGCAGAUGCAGCUUCUCCGUGACGAGGAGGCCUGGAACACUGUCCAGACCAAGAAGUCAAAGUCCAAGAAGAACAAGGCCUCCGCCACUGAUAGUGCCAACGAGUCCGAGUCCGCGGCGGCCAAGCCUCAAGAGGCUUCUACCCCGGUCCCCAUCAAGCCUCAGGCUGUCAACGGCAAGUCGUCCAAGAUCGUCUACCAGCAGUCUGCUUUUGCUGCCCUGAGCCCGAAGGAGGAGGAAGACGAGCGUGAGCUUGUCGAGACGGAGUGGGACGUUUAAACCAGAUCUAUCCUGCGUUCUGAGUAUCAGACCAAGACCAUUGGUACGAAAAGGGGCAAUCGGAUCGAGGGGGUAAUAAGCUCUAUCACUAAUCAACAUGUGCUGUUUGCGUCCUUGGUGUGGAUAUGCGAAGGAGGAGGAGAAGGAGGAUGCUCCUGUUAUGUGACCACGUCGCGGAGUCGAUCUAUCUGUUUUACCAUUUGAUCAUGGGGUUUGCUGCCAUUUAUGCAAAGACAACGUUGGGCUUUUUUUUUUUCGAAGAGCCACAUGGGCUGGGCGAGGAGUCUUAUGUAUGUAUGUAUAUUAACGUCCUUUUAAAACGUUCUCGUGCGCCGGCACUAGACUUUGGUCACGCUCCGCUUCUCCGCAUUUGCCUACCUCGCCCGUGUUGGUUCUUGAUAUAGUGGCUUGAUAGCUAAAAUCAAAUUGGUUGACAAACAGUUAGUAAACUUGGACACUAGUAAC